AUGCUAUUCGUAGCAGUAUCCUAUCUCUUCACACUCCUUAUCUGCACUCCACUUGCUUUGAGUUAUAGUGACAAGGCGUGUUGCAAUAGAGCCCGCGAGGAAAACGCCUUUGUCUCCCCCAACAAUGGCAGCGCCGCUUCUAUGGAAAACAUCGUCUGCGGACAAGUCUACAACGAGUCGUCUCCCGCCGCACCAGACGCUUACGUUACGUACAACUUCUGCAAAAGCGAAUGUGGCGGCUGGGGUGUCUCCAGCGUCGAGAACGCAGACCAGUGGGCUGGCCCAAUUGUACAGUUUAUCCUUCCGUCUGUCAUCUUCAGCAUGAACAUCCCCAGAACGUUCGAAUUCGUUUCAUCUCAGUGGCUUGACAUUCUAGUCUUGAGCAAUCUACGUGGCUGGAAACGAGCUGUUUUGUCGCUGCUAAUGACGUUUCCGGCACUGUGUUUUGUUGCAGCCGACACCAUCCUCUGGGUUAUGACUAUCAUGUGCAUGGCAGGUCCGAUGAUGGUUGCCGGCCUGCAUGAAGCACUGCUUGACUUCAAGAUAUUAAAGGCGUUGAAGAGAAGGACACAUAUUCCGGAGAGAUUUGUUGGUGGGACAAGGGCGUCUGAAGAAAUCCCUCUAGACCCUAUGGGCAAUAGCGUGAUCGGAAAUAAUGUGGCAGGGCCGAAUGAUGACGAGGAGGGUAUAGAUGGCUUGAGGGACAAGGUGGAGCUCCUGGUAACCGUUCUGGCUGGUAACCUUCAACUCACGAACUUCGAUCCCUGGCCGGACAACCUUGUGUUGAUUUCUAAGGCGCUACUGGCUGCAGGGAGGCGCCGACAGAUCACACAUGCUACCCGAAGCGAAGCAGAUCAGGACUAUCCCAGCUUGUCCGAGCAGCUCAAGAGGCUCAUGACGGCGCAGUCUGCUUUCGGUGCCAUCGUCGGAGCAGCGGUCGUUUUCUAUCUUGGUGCCUUUAUCUACACCAUCUUGGACUUGCUAGGCGAUAAGAGCAACCAAGAUGCCGCCAUCUCCCUAGCUUUUGGUGUCGAAUGGAUGAUCAUCGUGCAUGUCGCCAUCGUCAACGGGUUCCUUCUUGCCAGCAACAACCCGAGUCCAGUCACCAUGCUCAUCGGGCGCCCUCUUUCGACUCGCAAGCCACUAAGAAGAUCAGCAUUCCCUCCCAUCUACGACGGUAUACUCCAGCCGGUGUUUAUGUGGCGCCGGGGGGUUAAUAAGAUGGAGUGGCUCGAGAAGUCCAGAGCGUGGCAGCGUGGCGAUCCAGAAUUUAUGAAUGACGUCCGAAUCAAGAAACGGGAUUAUCUAGGCUGGAUCAUACUGCCCACCAUCAUUCUCAUUUCCCUUCCGCCGGCGGCAGGGGCCGUGGUAGCGUGGCAGACUCCCCCGCGGGGUUGGGGCUGCCGAUCACUCAGCUUUGUCACGUAUGCAGGCUUCCAGAUGGUGCUUACUCCGUUAUACUUCCUCAUCACACGCAAGACGGGACCCAAGACUACAUUACAGCGCGCUAUCCACUGGCUCUGCGUUGUAGUGUUUGGCGUGACGGUUGUGCUAGCUCUCUUCACCAGCAUCGCCACGACUCUCAUGCAGAUCAUAGGAGUCUUUAGAAACUGCUUCUGUUAUGUGAACAGCGGGAUGUGGCUUGACCUGAAUAACGCCAUCGUUAAUGUGGCUUCUGACACCAAGAACCGAAGAAACUCAAGCGAUGGGUGGAUUGUUAUGGGCGGUGUUGCCACUGCCUUCAUGGCUGUGUGUUCAUUUUUCGGAUGGUGGUUUCAGAUGAACAUCCGGGUCAGUUUUGAGGAUGCGAUCAAGGAUAUUGAUAACUUGUUUUAA